AUGGCACACAUAUUCGAACUAGCCGAGUCGCUCAGCCCAACCGCCAACUAUACCAACGGCGUCAAAUCCAGCGAAACCCUACAGUUCCCUACUACCGAGACCUUCACUGGCUUCAACAGCCCCUCGCGCAUCGAAGGUGAUGUUGAGAAUCUACAAAUCACAGGGCAGAUUCCCGCCGACAUCGACGGGACCUUCUUCCGCGUGCAGCCUGACCAUCGCUUUCCACCCAUCUAUGAGUCCGACAUCCACUUCAAUGGCGACGGCAAUGUAACUGCCAUCCGCAUAACAAACAGUACCGCGCACUUCAAGCAGCGGUAUGUGCGCACGGAUCGGUUCCAGGCUGAGGGUCAGGCCGGCCGCGCGCUGUUUGGGAAGUACCGCAACCCGUACACGGAUAAUGAGGCCGUCAAGGGGGUGAUCCGCACGGCGGCCAACACGAAUAUCUUCUUCUGGCGGGGAAUGCUGCUUGCCACGAAGGAGGAUGGGCCGCCGUAUGCCAUGGAUCCGGUCUCGUUGGAGACGAUUGGGCGCUAUGAUUUCGAGGGACAGGUACUGAGUCCGACCUUUACGGCGCAUCCGAAGUUUGACCCCAAGACCGGCGAGAUGGUGUGCUACGGUUACGAGGCUGGGGGAAACGGCAAUGACGGCUCUUGCGACAUCGUCGUGUACACCAUCGACGCCAACGGCGUCAAGACAGAAGAGAGCUGGUACAAGGCGCCCUUUUGCGGCAUCAUUCACGACUGCGGCAUCAGUGAUAAGUGGGUCGUACUUCCUAUGACUCCGUUGAAAUGUGACCCGGAGCGGCUGAAGAAGGGAGAGAACCACUGGGCCUGGGAUCCGGAAGAGGACCAGUGGUAUGGGGUCGUGCCUCGUCGCGGAGGAAAGCCUGGCGAUAUCCGCUGGUACCGGUCGAAGAAUGCAUUCCAAGGCCACACGGUCAGCUGCUAUGACACGCCCGACGGCAAGGUCGUCUUCGACCUGACCAUCGCUGAUGGCAACGUCUUCUUCUUCUUUCCCCCUGUUGACACCCCCGCCGGCACUGUGGCAAAGCGCAAUAAGCUGCAGAACAAGACGACGCGGUGGAUCUUCGAUCCCCAGAACACCCCAACUAACAGCUGGGUCGAGCCGGCCGAGGAGUUUGACACCUACAGCGGGGAGUUCUCGCGCAUAGACGACCGCUUUACGACCCGCAAGUACAACCACUAUUGGCAGGCAGUGAUUGACGGGACAAAGCCGUACGACUUCGCCAAGUGUGGUAGCCCUGCUGGCGGCCUGUUCAACAGCCUGGGACAUUUCACCUGGGAUGGCGCCGUGCGCGAGACUUUCUGGGCAGGUCCGUGUGCCACUUUCCAGGAGCCGGCGUUUAUUCCGCGAGCGGGCAGUACGGAGGAGGGUGACGGGUAUAUUGUAGCGUUGCUCAAUCAUCUGGAUGUGCUGCGGAAUGAUGUUUGUAUCUUCGAUGCUCGGAAGAUCGCGCAGGGCCCGAUUGCGGUGAUCCAUCUGCCCUUUAAGUUGCGGCUCGGCCUACAUGGAAACUUUGUUGAGGAGAGCGAGAUUCGCGCCUGGAAGCAGAAGAGAGAUAGAGAGUUAGGGCCCGUGAAGGCUGCCAGUGAGCCUCUGCCAUGGCAGCAGGAAGAGAAAGCGAACGGGACAAACGGCCAUGCAUGA